CUCCGUUUCUGUCGGAUUUACUAGUUAGUUCUUGUUUGUAAGUUGGUUAUGUUAGAAGUGUGUGCUGUGUGAAUUUUGACUUCUGUUAGUUUUUAUAUUUGACGAUUGUGUUGAUAUUUUGGUUAUUAGUUGUUUUAUUGUGAUUGGACUUCUUCUUGUGUGGGAUUAUGGAUGACCGGCAAACGAUCCAGAAGCUUUAAAUGUGCCGUCCAUCAUCGAGAUCGCGAAGUUUCGUCAGAAAACGACUUCCAUCUGCUGUUUGUGGAACCGCCAUUAUUUCGCAGGAUGGUGUCUGUAGUUGCUGACGAAUUUCUGACAGAUGAUCGAGAUAGAAAAUAUUACGCCGACCACUAUACAUGCUGCCCUCCACCAUUUUUCAUUCUGAUCGUUACCUUAGCUGAAUUAGGAUUUUAUUUGUACUACUACAUUACGACCGGUGAACUCAAUCCAUCAGGAGCGGUGCUAGUCGAUUCCAUAUUUAUAUAUAGGCCCGAUAAAAGAAGCGAGGUAUGGAGAUUCUUCUUGUAUAUGCUGUUACAUGCAGGAUGGCUGCACCUAGGCUUCAACCUCGUAGUACAAUUACUAGUGGGACUCCCCUUGGAAAUGGUGCACGGUUCUGGAAGGGUUGCUCUCAUCUACAUGGCAGGUGUAGCAGCUGGCUCUUUAGGUACCUCGGUUUUUGACAACGACGUUUAUCUGGUUGGAGCUUCGGGCGGUGUCUACGCCUUACUAGCUGCACACUUGGCCAAUGUAUUGCUCAAUUACAAUAACAUGCAAUGCGGAAUUCUAAGGCUAUUUGGCAUUUUCGCUAUUGCAUCGUGUGACGUCGGUUACGCAAUCUAUUCGAGAUAUGAUGCAAUGGGUCUUCCAGUUUCGUACGUAGCUCACCUUACGGGAGCCCUUGCUGGUCUAACCAUCGGUCUACUAGUCCUGAAAAAUUUCGAGCAGAAGCUUCACGAGCAGCUGCUUUGGUGGAUAGCGCUGGGCGUGUACGCUGCUUGUACUAUUUUCGCCGUCCUCUUUAACGUUAUGAACCCGACAGAGGAGCCCGUCGAAAACCUUGGAGAUGGCGUGAAUAGUCAAUAUGUGAUGUACAAUAAGUGGGGAGUUUAACUGUUGUAGCUGUGUUAUUAGUUUUUUUUUUGUCAAGAUCUGUUCUUUUUGUAAUGAUGAUGGAGCGAGAGUGGUGUCAGUAAGAUUUUCAGGUGUAUAUACUUUCUCGAAUAAAUCACGCAUUUAUUGCUGCAAAAUUACGUACUUUGAUUCUAAAUGUUGUAGUGAACUGAAGAUUUUGAAAUGGUACUGCUGUCGAAGUCCUCGUUCUAGAAUUUAAUUUUUUUAAGUAUCACGUUUUUUACAAAAAAAUUAUACUAGCUAGAAAAUUAUAAAACAGAUUUAUUUAUGUUUGUACUGAUUUUGUUCGCAUCACAAUCAUCAUCAAUGUUGAUUUACUAUGUUGUUCUCUUUGUAUCAGAUUUUGAUAAAGAAUUGUGAUUAGAUGAUUUGUAUAUACUAUUUAUGUACAUAGUUUAAUUUAUUCUAAAAAAAUCAAGCCAAAGACUGAGUUUGAAACAAGUUUUAUAUAAAAAAAAUAGAUAUAGAUAUUGUUAGAAGUUAUUACCUUUCUGGAAAAAUAAAAUAAUAAAUUAAACUCGAGAAAAUAUCAGUCAGUUAAUGACUAACCUGGUUAAAAAAUUUGAAUUUUUUGUAUUAAUAAUAAUCAGUAAUGUGGCAAUAACUUCUAUACAUUUAUUAGUUACGUAAGUUCACUGUAAUAAGUCCAAACUCGAGGUGAUACUGAUAAUGUAAACGAAAAAAAAAAAAAAAAGACUGGUAUAAGUAAAGCGAAAUAGAAAGAGUACCCUCUCCAGUUUGGAUUAAAAUAAAAUUUACUUGCAUCAAAAUGUGUGAGUUUAACCACUGUUUUCAGUGAUACAAUAACUAGUCAUAAUUUAAAAUAUUAAGCAAAGCUUACCAAAGAAAGUGCUAGUUAAUUUUUAUUUACACACUUGAAACUACAAAAAUUGCCUUACUAAGGUAGAAUACCACUAUCACAAAGAAAAAAUGUAUUUUUUACACUCAGGUAGAAAAAAAAGUGUUGUUUAGACAUAGUUUUUAAGUACUCAAAAUGUCUUAAUGAUUUUUGUUACUCGAACAGUGUUGCAUUAAUGCUUUAGCAACUGUUUUGUAAAAAAAUAAUAAAGUGAUU